UUUUAUUUUUUAGAACGACGAAUUUCUUUAAUCAUGAUCGGGUGGAUACACGUCACACUGGCGGUAGUAUCUGCCGGGUUAUUCAUCCUCCUUUUCUUCUUCUUCCACCACCUUUUCCGCCACCCUAAACCACCGCACCCACUCGCCGGAAAACCGUCGAAAACAUUGUUCAAUUGGUCCGACAACCCUGCACUCAUCACCGACGCCGUCGAAAACGGGUGGUCACGUUUCGCUUUCACCGAAUACAUCUCCUCCUCAUCCGUCCGAUCAAACCGGUUUUCAUUAUGUGCUGCCGGAGGAGACGUCACCGGAGGAGACGUUGAUGACGUGGAAAUCAGUUGGGAAGUUUGUCAAGGAUCCGCAGAUUUCAUGCAAAAGAUCCGACUUAAUUCCGGGUUAAAUAAAACAUCUAAAACAACAGUUACAUCAAUGACGGCAGCUUCCGUUAUCAAAUCAGCGUUACCGUUACCGGGACCAGUGUUAACGAACUCAACGCCGUUUCCUCAAGAAGCGUAUUUCGAAAUUACGAUUUUGUCCAAUAACGAGGGUGAAAACGGAAGUGAUGUUAAUGGAAAGGGGAGGGUAAUUUCGGGAGAGGAUGAGAAUAUUAAGUUGAUUGAAGAGGAUGGUUUGAAUGAGAAGGAUUUGCAUGUCAAUGUUGAAGAGUUGAGGGGUCGAAGUUGUGCAAAGGAGAUAGUUGAAGGGCGAAAUGAGUUGGUUGUUAUGCUGUCGGUGGGUCUUUCCGGUGGAGGUUCUAUUCCGGUUAAACUUCCGGGCAGUUAUCCGGGAUCCGUGGGGUUUAAUUCUGAUGGGUCUAUUUAUCUGGAUGGAACUAAAAUCGUAAAUGAAUCAGAUAUUGAAAAAUGGGAAAGAACUGGUAAAGUGAUUGGUUGUGGUUACAACCCAAGCCAGAAGAAAGUUUUCUUUACAGUAGAUUCUAAACUUGUACACGAAAUCGAUUGUAAGGGAGAGGAAUUCGGGACUCCACUCUAUCCAACAUUAGCCGCGAAUAGUGAUGUUAUAGUGCUUGUAAAUUUUGGGCAAAGUAUCUUCAAAUAUGCACCUGCGAAUUUGCAAAGAACUCAAAAUCCUUGUUUCGUUGGACCUAUGGCAAAUUCACCAUCGUUAGGGUAUGAAGAUAGCAAAGAGCUUUUCUCAAUGGGAAGAAUAGAUUCACAAUGGUUAAAUCAGUCAACAACAAAAAGCGGGCCGUAUCUAGGCAAUGUAAAUAAAGGAAUGGCAAAGGAUUUUGAUGAGGCUUCUGAAGCUGAUUUGUUUGAGAUAGUGAUAGAGAGUGAUAGUUAUAAAAAGUCACCAAACAUACUCUCUUAGCGAGAAAAAUGUGUGAUAGUAUUUUUUUUAUAGAAGUCAAUUUGUUGUUGGCCACAGUGCCACAUACUCGGCAACGAUGUCAGCCGACACCAUUCAAAUUUGCGUUUUAUAUGUAUCGUAUAAGAACAAAUACGAGUGACACAAUUGUUUUUUACGAGCGA